ACAAAGAACGGGUGUUUUUGCGGCAUAUGCGGAGAUGAAGUUUCUAUUGGUGACGGGAGUGCUGUGCCUGUGGCUGGCCCCAGCUUGGUGUGCCUCUCUAGGGGUUGUGCAGACCGAAGGGGGGAAGGUCAAGGGGAAGAACCAGAAUAUGGGUCUAUUACAUUCCGUGGACGUCUUCAAAGGAAUCCCAUUCGCUGAUGUCCCGGGGAGAUGGGAGUUACCCAAACGCCAUCCGGGAUGGGAUGGUGUUCUACAGGCCAUUAAGUACCAGAAGCGGUGUUUGCAGGUGACUCUGCUGCAGCUCUCAAGCCAGGGCAGUGAGGACUGCCUCUAUCUCAACAUACACGUACCCCAGGGGGGUCUAUCAUUAUCCAGGGGACUACCUGUCAUGGUGUACAUAUUCGGCGGGGCCUUCCUGUUGGGAGCUUCCAACGACGUGCCCUUCCUCGGAAACUCCCUCUACGACGGCAACGAGAUGGCGGACCGCGGCGGCGUCAUCGUGGUCUCGGUGAACUACCGCGUCGGAUCCCUGGGCUUCCUCAGCACCGGCGACGCCCGGAUGCCAGGUAACUAUGGCCUGUGGGACCAGCAUGCCGCCAUCUCCUGGGUCAAGAGAAACAUUGAGGCCUUUGGAGGUAACCCCGACAACAUCACCAUCUUUGGCCAAUCAGCUGGAGCUGCCAGCGUUAACUACCAGAUGCUGUCUCCCUACAGUAAAGGGCUGUUCCGCAGAGCUAUCUCCCAGUGUGGCGUGGCCCUGAGCCCCUGGGCCAUUCAGCUAGACCCCAUGGCUACAACUAAGAAGGUGGCCCGGAAGGUGGGCUGCCGCACCACUAAUGAAGAAGAGAUGCUGUUGUGUCUGAAGAUCACCGACCCUGUGGGCAUCACCAUGGCAGCGAAACUGAACCUGCUGCUGAUGUUGGGUCCGAGUCCUGUGAUGAACCUUCUGGAGUUUACCCCGGUGGUGGAUGGGGACUUCAUCCCGGACCACCCCAGCAGACUAUUCAACAACACAGCGGACAUCGACUACCUGGCCGGGGUGAACAGCAUGGACGGACACCUCUUCGCCGGGGUAGAUGUUCCCUCCAUCAACCAGAGAAGAAAAGAAACUACUGCUGCUCAGGUGAAGAAGUUGAUCUCCGGGCUGACCCAGCAGAAGGGGGCGGAGGCCAUCCAGUCGGUCUACAGUAUGUACUCUGCCAACUGGGGGUCCGUGCCCCAGCAGGACAUGGUCAAGAAGACCGUGACCGACAUCGAGACAGACUAUCUCUUCCUGGUUCCCACCCAGGUUGCCCUCCAGCUCCAUGCCCAACACGCCAGAGGGGCCCGUACCUACUCCUACCUGUUCGACAUGAAGACUCGUAUCCCCGGCCUCCCUAGCUGGGUGGGGGCUAUGCACGCAGAGGACGUUCAGUAUUUGUUUGGGAAGCCCUUCGACAAACCGCUAAUCUACUUUCCACGCCAUCGGGAUCUGUCCGGCUACAUGAUCGCCUACUGGACCAACUUUGCUAAGACCGGGGACCCCAGCCGCGGCAGCAAGGUGCCCACCAUCUGGCCCCCCUUCACCCCCAGUCGUCACCCGUACCUCGUCAUCAACAGCGACAUCACCAAGUCCUCUGUCAGGUUUGACCUGAGAGCAGAGUAUGUUCGCUACUGGACCGACACCUACAACAAUAUGCCAUCCGUUAACAGUGACCAAUAGACGGCCACUAACCCCUGCUAAGACAGACAGACAGAGAAGACUUGCUUCACAGAGGCCACAUGGGACUGACACUUGAGUCACUCAUACCUCAUAUAAUGAGUCUUCCCUUUUUUUAUGUACCAGGAAAUCAAGCAAGCCAAGAUAAGUCUGCCCACAACGCCUGGUGCCUAAAAGUAGCCGUGUUUCAUUGAUCGUAACAGAUGAAAACUAAGUUCUGCUUCUUAUGGCAGGGUCAUGUACCCUCAGUGUCUCCGAUGUGCCGUCAGAACAGGCAGCUGGCUGUGACUGUGGGGGUCACAUUUGUGUUGUGCUCUGUUGGGAUUAACUACUUGCUGCUUAAGACGGAGCCUGGAUUAGGUUUAACCAAUGGCAUGUGUGGCAAAUAAAACUUGAAGAUAGUUGUGAUGGUCA